AUGUAUAUAAAGGAGCAUAAGCUUGGGGAAAUUCCUCAAGCUUUUUUAGUAGUAAUUCUUCUAAAAACCCAAAAUAAUUAUUCUAUUAAAAAUAAGAGAAAAUUUACAAUGGUUGAUCACCUCACAGCUAAAGAAUAUAAAAUUGCUGUUAUAGGGUCAACUGGGGUUGGAAAAAGCUCACUUUGCAUGCAAUUCACAAGGAAUCGUUUUGAAGAAGCUUAUGAGCCCACUAUCGAGGAUUAUUAUAGGAAGCAAGUCACAUUCGAAGGUGAACAAAUUAUUUUUGAUAUUAUUGAUACUGCAGGAGAGGAAGGAAAUCUUACAAACUUAAACGGGCUUAUUAGACAAGCUGUAGGGUAUUUAUUAGUUUAUGAUAUUACAAGAAGGCAAUCUUACUCAGAAGCAAAAGAGUUCAGGGACAGAGUCUUGUAUGUGAAAAAUGCAAUUUCGGUACCGAUGGUACUGGUAGGGAAUAAAGCUGAUAUGGAAGAAAAACGAGAAAUUUCAUUCGAAGAAGCCACAAAAGACGCAGCUGAUUGAAGUUGCAGCUUUUUUGAAGUCAGUGCAAAAACAAAGACUAACCUCGAAAGCGCAUUUGCAGAGUGCGCUAAAUCUAUAAAACGGUCACAAAACAAGCGACAAAGAGAUGGAGGACAAAAGUGCUGUUUAUUAUUGUAA